CACCAUGAAGACACUGGAGAUCCUGACCGCUGUAGCACUCUUUCUGGGAGCCACCUCAGCAACUUCGCUGGGAGUGGUGUCCACAGAGGGAGGUAGGGUGCAGGGCAAGAACCAUAAAGUCGGACUCUUCCGAUCCAUGGACGUGUUCAAGGGAAUCCCCUUUGGUGACCAGCCAGGGCUAUUUGAGAAACCCAAACCACAUCCUGGCUGGGAUGGCAUUCUCAAGGCGAAUAAGUACGCACCAAGAUGCCUCCAGGUGAAUAUGCUCCAAACUGACACUCGUGGCAGUUUGGACUGUCUUUACCUGAACAUCUGGGUUCCUCAUGGACGUAAAGUGUCAACAAGUAUGCCAGUCAUGGUGUGGAUCUAUGGAGGUGCCUUCCUGGUUGGUGGAUCCAUGGGUGCUAAUUUCCUGGACAACUACCUCUAUGACGGAGAGGAGAUUGCAGACAGGGGCAACGUUAUAGUGGUGACCAUAAACUACCGAGUGGGAACUCUCGGGUUCCUCAGCUCUGGAGACGCCAGCGGACCUGGAAACUAUGGGCUGUGGGACCAGCAUGCUGCCAUUUCUUGGGUGCACAGGAACAUCCGUAACUUUGGAGGAGACCCCGACAACAUCACCCUCUUUGGAGAAUCUGCUGGUGGAGCUAGUGUCAGCUUCCAGAUGGUGUCUCCCCAUAACAAGGGACUGAUCAAAAGAGCCAUCAGCCAGAGUGGUGUUUCAGUCUGUCCCUGGGCCGUCAACAGGAACCCUCGUGCUCUGGCUGAGAAGAUUGCUCGGAAGACGGGCUGCCCAACUGAUGACCAGAUGAUGGCUUGCCUGAGGACGAUUGAACCUGCGAUCCUCACCCUUGCAGGUGCCCUGAACCCGGAAGGAUCACCCACCAACCCAGUCGUGAACAACAUGGCCCUCGCAGCAGUGAUAGACAGAGACUUCCUCCCUGAUGAUCCAGCCAACCUGUUCCACAACGCUGCCGAUAUAGACUACAUUGGUGGGGCCAACGACAUGGAUGGUCACCUCUUCAGUGGUGUUGAUGUUCCUUCUGUCAACCAGCCCCUGCAUCACACCUCUGUGGAGGAUAUGAAGGCCCUUCUGGGAGCCCUCACCAAGAGUAAAGGACAGGCUGCUUUGGACCAUGCCACCAGCCUGUACACCGAGGGGUGGGGUGCCAAGCCCAGCCAGCAGACCGUCAAGAUGACCGUGGUGGAAAUCGAGACUGAUUACAUGUUCCUGGUGCCUACCCAAGAGGCUCUUUACCUGCACGCCUCCAAUGCAAAGACUGCAAACACCUACUCCUACUUGCUCGCAGAGCCUACCCGUAUGGCUGGUUUGCUCAAGCCUUACCCAAGCUGGAUGGGGGCAGACCACGCCGAUGACCUGCAGUUCGUGUUCGGCAAGCCCUUCACUACGCCUCUUGCCUACUGGCCCAGAUACCGCGACUUGUCCAGAUACAUGAUCGCCUACUGGACUAACUUCGCCCAGACUGGGGAUCCUAACCAGGGGGAGUCCAUGGUGCCAGUUUACUGGCCAGAGUUCAGGAGAGGGGACCAGUACCUGGAAAUCCGAUCUGAUAUCAACAAGAACAGCAUCAAGCAGAAGUUGAGAGUGAACCAUGUUCACUGGUGGUCUGGCAUCUUCCCCAGCCUCCCCACAGUCAAGACCUCAGAGUAGAGGCAACAUCACUGUGCAGCCCUAUGUUGUUCACUGCCUGUGGGAGUGUCAUCAAUGCUAUCUUGUCUGAAUCUAAGUAGCACAUCAUGUUUUUCUUGAUGUCUUACUCACGAGAUCACAUUGAGCCAACCAAGUUUGUAUUUCGAGAAUUUCAGUUUGCAACAGAAUAAAUGGGGUUUAUCAUGCAAUCC